GAUUAUGCGUGUGUAUUCUGUCAUGUCGUCUCUUUAAUCUGCAUAGGAGUUUGCAGAGAAAAGCACAUAAGACUCCAAGUUAAUUUUUGUUCGAGUGUGUAUCUGGUCUUCAAAUUUGAACAAAGAAACUCUCUUUCCCAAGAAGGAAACCGCAUACAGAGAGUGUUUAGUUCCAAGUUUCACUAAAUAGGGUUUUGCAAAUGGGCGAUAGUGGUGGCGUGUCUCUCCCAUCGACGGGCACCGACGCCAAAAAGCGCCGCGUAACCUAUUUCUACGAGCCCACGAUCGGCGACUACUAUUAUGGCCAGGGACACCCAAUGAAGCCUCACCGGAUUCGCAUGGCACACAAUUUGAUCGUGCACUACUCUCUCCAUCGUCGGAUGGAGAUCAACCGGCCUUUCCCCGCCGGUACCACCGAUAUCCGGAAGUUCCAUUCCGACGACUAUGUCAAGUUCCUUUCUUCUGUGUCUCCAGAGUCUCUGUCCGACCCUGCGCAUAAUAGGCAUCUUAAGAGGUUUAAUGUUGGGGAGGAUUGUCCUGUUUUUGAUGGGCUUUUUGGAUUUUGUCAGGCGUCUGCUGGUGGUUCGAUUGGGGCGGCCGUCAAGCUCAAUCGUGGUGACGCCGAUAUUGCUUUGAAUUGGGCUGGUGGUUUGCAUCAUGCUAAGAAGAGCGAGGCGUCCGGGUUUUGUUACGUUAAUGAUAUUGUGCUUGGGAUUCUCGAGUUGCUCAAGGUCCACAGGCGUGUCCUGUAUGUUGAUAUUGAUGUCCAUCAUGGUGAUGGUGUUGAGGAGGCAUUCUAUACUACUGACAGGGUCAUGACAGUCUCUUUUCAUAAAUUUGGAGAUUUCUUUCCAGGAACAGGCCACAUAAAGGACACUGGUGCUGGCCAAGGGAAGAACUAUGCCCUGAAUAUUCCAUUAAACGAUGGGAUGGAUGAUGAAAGUUUCCGCGGUCUUUUCCGGCCCAUCAUCCAAAAAGUCAUGGAAAUUUAUCAGCCUGAUGCGGUUGUUCUCCAAUGUGGAGCAGAUUCACUAUCUGGUGAUAGGUUGGGCUGCUUCAACCUGUCUGUGAAGGGCCAUGCUGAUUGCCUUCGUUUUCUUAGAUCUUUUAAUGUUCCUCUUAUGGUCUUGGGUGGCGGGGGAUAUACUAUAAGGAAUGUUGCCCGUUGCUGGUGCUAUGAGACAGCAAUUGCAGUUGGGGUGGAACCUGAUAAUAAAUUGCCAUACAAUGAGUAUUAUGAGUACUUUGGCCCUGACUACACGCUUCACAUUGAACCAUCUAACAUGGAGAACCUAAACUCGCCCAAAGAUAUGGAGAGAAUAAGGAACAUAUUACUGGAGCAACUUUCUAAACUGCCCAAUGCACCUAGUGUACCUUUUCAGACAACACCACCCACUACUGAAGUUCCGGAAGAGCCUGAAGAGGAUAUGGAUCGAAGACCUAAACGACGCAUAUGGAAUGGUGAGGAUUAUGAGUCGGAUCCUGAUGAGGAUGGGGAGCUUCGGCCUAGAAGAUUGAACAAUGAUAGUCGGGCAGUGGCAAAAGAUGAAAUGAGAGAUCAUUCACAUGAAAUGGAAGAAGACAAGAAAGAAGAGCAUCCAUGAUGUUGAUUUAUGGAACGGUGUCUUCUUGUUUUAGUGCCUCAGAGCUUGUAGACUAGGCGAUGUUCCUCCAACAAGAGAGCUUAUACUUCCAAGCCAAAGGAUUGUUGUUAGAUAAAUUAAGCAUACAGUAGGAACUUACACAAAACAAGUUAACUUCUCCCCCUAUCACUCUAUUGUUUGAAAAUGUAUUGUCAUAGAACCAGGCUUUGAUUUGAUAUUCAAGUUAGAAUAUAGAUACAAUUUACUUAUUUUUUCUCCUUUCCUCUUCCUACUGGUUUUUGGGGUCAUCUUUUUAUUUUUGUUCUCUUGUUUAUACAUUAUGUACACUUUGUAAUUAUUUUAUGCAAGGGUCACACAGUCAUAUCAA